AAUAUAUAAAACAAAAUGAGCUCUAUUUCCAUUUAAAGACAUGUGAAUUUUGGAGAAGUGAUAUUGAUAGUUGGAGAUUGUCAUUUAGUGUAAUGGAAUGUGUAAAAUGGAAUUUAAAUGGAAUGGAAUCCAGGUGAUAUAUGGAGAGCUAGAGUAGAGUGUUGUUGUUUACCAAUGAAUUAUAGAUAUGUAAUAGUGAAAUAAAACAAUCGUCAGAUUGUAGAAUGGGAAGAUGGAAUAAACAGAGUUUUGAAUAAUAAGAAUGAUGUAGAAGAUGUUUGGGGCCACAUAAAAAUAAGAAUGAAAAUGAAUUCAUAUGUAGAUUCAAAGAUGUUUGUAAAUUUAUAUUCAGAAAAGGGAAGAUCCAAGAUUAGACUUAAUUAAUUCGUUACUGAAGAGAAUGAGUAUGAAUAAAAAUUGGAAUUAGAUAUCCCAAGUAAAUCCAUUAAUUCGUAUGCUUAUAAAUACUAACAAAAUCAAAAAUGGGAACGAAAUGGAGUUAGAUUAUUUAGUAAUCAUUCCAUUAUUAAUAAUGUAAUUGAGAUCAUAGAUUCUGAUGUGAAUUUUGAUCUUAAUUACAAUUAAAUAUUGGAGAAUAUCUACGUUGGUUCAUUUGUGUAUUGUGAGUAAGAUAUAGAAAUAAGUUUUUAGUGAAAUUCAUAUUCUAUAGAAAUUAGGAGUAGAUGCCAUAGUUAAUUUAUAAACUGUUGAGGAUCUAAUUAAUAAAGAUUUACCAGAAGAUUAUUUUGAUCAAAUCAGAAAGACUUGUGAAUCUUAUCAGAUAACGUAUUCACAUUGCCCAAUAAGAGAUUGUAAUAAAAGAUCUUUCCUUAAGAAGGGUAAGUAGGCUUAUUAGAUUUUGAAAAAACUGGUUGAUGAAGGUAAGUGUGUCUAUGUGCAUUGCACUGAUGGCAUUUAGAGAAGCAUUUAAACAAUCAUACUCUAUUUAGUAUAAGAUUUAAAUUAUUCUCUUGAAGAUGCUAUUGCACUUGUCAAAGCUAUUAGAAAGAGAUCAAAACCUAUUAAAGAAGUAUUGCAAUAACUCUUAGAAUAGUGA